AUGGCUGAAAUUUUCUCGAAAAACGAGGAUGUUUGGGAUGAUACGGAACUGAUUAAGAUGUAUGAGGAAUCGAUUAGCUCGACUUAUGUAAGUUUUGUUGAAAAAUUUUAAUUUUUGGUAUGAAACCUUGAAAAAGUCGGAAAAACAAGAACCAAUACUCAGAAAAUCUAGAUCAAAAUAAGCCUUAGUUUGAGUUAGACUCGAGAAAAUCUGAAAACAUGAGUUUGAAAUCUAGUUUUUCAGGAAAAUUUCCAAUUUUGAGCCUUAAUCCUCAUUUCAAAUUUUCAGUUUAGUCGCCCAAUGAAAAAAAAAAUUUGUUUUGCAGAAAAAAGUGCAAAAAUCACAAACUUCAGCCGAAUACACAACAUCGGAUGGCAAAAAAUACACUGUAGGUUAUAUUUUCUGAAAAAUUGAAAAAUUUGAGAUUUUGUGAAAAAUUCAAAGUUUCACAGAACAAAAAAAUGUUUAAAAAAUUUCGAUUUUUCAUGAAAAAAAACAAAAAUAGAAAACGCUCAAAUUCUUCAUUUUUGCAGUGGAAAAUUGGCUCAAAAUGUAUGGCUCCAUAUCGAGAAUCGGCGGAACAAUCAGAAGAAGAAAUCGAAUAUUUUCCGGCAAUAAUUGAUUGGAUUUCCGAAAAUCAAAAAGAGGCAAAAGUGACUUUUGAUGGAUAUGGAAAUCAGGAAUUGGUAAAAAUACAGGAUUUAUGGGAGUUAGUUUUUUUCCAGGUUUUUUUUGAAUAUAUAAAAAAAAUCAGAAAAAUCGCGCUCAAAAAUUACAAUCCACGUAGUUUUUUCAUAAAUAAAUAAAUUCGAAAAAAAUAUUUUCAGCGAAAACGAAAUCGUGGAAACCGAAGAAACGGAUGGUGCUGAAACUGAUGUUGUUAUGGAAUCACCGAAACCCGUCAAAAACUCCUCUUCUAAAAGUUAGUCUAUUUCUGACUAAAAAAUCUGAAAAAUGUUGAGAACUUCAUCCGAAUUUUCCAGAAAAACAUCAUCAUCAUCAAUCGUCUUCAACCCAUUCAAAACUUCCAAUCCUAGCCCCUCCACCACCGCCGGGAUUAUUAAAUAUGGUGGCUCCCGAUGAAACCGAAGCGUUGAGUUCAAUGUUAAUGAGUUGGUAUAUGAGUGGAUAUCACACGGGAUAUUAUCAGGCGAUUUCAGAUUCCAAAAAAUCUCAUUCUCGAUCAAAAUAA